GGACACUUCCUGUGUUGGUCUUGAUGGGGAGGAGUGAAGUCAGUCUAGUUCCUGGUGUGAGUCCCAGCUGAACUUGGGGAUCAUGGACAUUGAAGCAUAUUUUGAAAGAAUUGGAUAUAAGAACUUUAGGAACAAGUUGGACCUGGAAACGUUAACUGACGUCCUUCAGCACCAGAUCUGGACCGUUCCCUUUGAGAACCUUAACAUCCAUUGCGGGAAGCCCAUGGAACUGGGCCUGGAGGCCGUUUUUGAUCAAGUUGUGAGGAGGAACCGGGGUGGGUGGUGCCUCCAGGUCAAUCACCUUCUGUACUGGGCUCUGACCACCAUGGGUUUCGAGACCACAAUGUUGGGAGGCUAUGUGUACAACUCUGUAGCCAACAAGUACAGCGGUGCUAUGAUUCACCUUCUGCUGAAGGUGACCAUGGGUGGCAGGAACUACAUAGUUGAUGCUGGGUUUGGACGCUCUUACCAGAUGUGGCAGCCUCUGGAAUUAAUUUCUGGGAAGGAUCAGCCUCAGGUGCCUUGCAUCUUCCGCUUGACUGAAGAGAGAGGAGUCUGGCACCUGGACCAAAUCAGAAGAGAGCAGCACAUCCCAAACCAAGAGUUUCUUAAUUCGGAUCUCCUGGAGAAGAGGAAGUACCGAAAGAUCUAUUCCUUUACUCUUGAACCUCAAACGAUUGAAGAUUUUGAGUCUGUUAAUGAACACCUUCAAACGUCUCCAGAAUCUCUGUUUACAAGCAAGUCGUUUUGUUCCUUGCAGACCCCAGAUGGGGUUUACUGUUUAGUGGGCUUCACCCUCACGUUUAGAAAAUUCAAUUAUAAGGACAAUAUGGAUUUGGUGGAGUUUAAGACACUGAAUGAAGAAGAAAUAGGAGAGGAGCUGAAAAAUAUAUUUAAUAUUUCCUUGGAGGGAAAGCUUAUGCCCAAACACGGUGAAAAAUUUUUUACCAUUUAGAGUAAGCACUAGACAUGGUCUUCAGUAAUAUUGUAUUAUUAUAGUUAGUAUUAUAUACUGAAACUUUCUAUUAUAAAAAACCAAAUAUAUAUAUAAGUAGAGAGUAAAAUAAUAAACCUCUAUUUAUCACUCAUUUUACCAACUAUCAACUGGCAGCCUAUAUCUUAUAUUUCCUCAAUGACCCCAUAAGUAUUAAAGAAAAUUCUAGGCAUGAAAUCAUUUCAACCUUAAAAAAGUCAGUAUUUGUAUUUAGAUAACUUUUUUUUCUUUUUUUCUGAGAACAACUCUCUUCCAUGACUUGCAGGUCAAGUUUAGAGACAAAUUUAUUGAUGAUCAAUGUAUGAAGUCUAAAAUCCUCUGUAUAUUUAAGAGGUAUUCUCUGAUUUUUAGUUAGAUACUAUUAAAAAAAGCAGAACCACAUGUCUUUUCAAAAUUAAUAAUAGUAAAGGUAUUUUAAAGAUUGCCUAUGGGGUUUUUUCUUUUUGAAGAAAAUAGUGAUUUUUGCUAGAAAAAUUUCCAUACUGGCUUAAUGUUGAAUUCAUAAAAAAAAAUGUUUACCUGUGGAUCAGUAAAUGGAAAACUGAGGAAACAGUUUUUAUUAAAUUCAGCCAGCAUGCGUCUAAUGUCCAUUAUCCCAUUUUUACAAAAAGCGCACAUGUACAAUUAAGGACUAGAAUUCAACAAGGAAGAAUGAGACAUGACAUUGCUUCCUAAUAGUUCUCAAGACAAGGCUUAACCCAGCAGAUAGGAACAUGUGAUUAAGUACCAAGAGAAUUACACAGCUAAUCAUUUGUUGCGCGGUUCAUUUUGCAACCACAGUUUUUUAUGUAGCAUUUCCUUAAUAUAGAAAUGCUGGUAUUUAGAGUUUUUGAAAUUCCAGAAAUAAGUCAUUUUGUCUAAAAGUAAUAAUUCUUGUGAAUUUUAAAAUACUUAUUAUUUAUAAAAAUUUUCAUGCCUAAAAUGCAUGUUAAAACAUAUUUGGCUAAUACAAUGUCAGUCACAAAGUAUUUGUUCAGCAGAGUUAGGAUAUUAUGGGGCUAGGUCUUCCUCACAUCCUCUUUCUUAUCUCCAAGUUCUUUUCUUUUACUUCCUCUCAUACUUGUCCUAAGAGAAGGAGAACGAGCUUCAAAGUGUGCAGGUCUGAGUUCAAAUCCUGUGGACAUGGGGCGAAUUCCUGGAUCCAUCUGUGGCUCUGAUUUCGCAGAGGUAAAACGGGGAUAAUACUUAUAGAAUUAGAUGCCAGACCAGGAGUAAAUUCUCAAUAAAUAUUUGUUAUAUGGAUGAACGAAUAAUGUCCAUAAUGUUUUUGAUACUGAGUCAGCAUUUGAUGAAAGUUCUUCCAUCUUGCUUCAUUUCCCUAGCUGAAAUGUGGUCCUAAAUCUGCCUGAUUCUCCCUUGGUUAAAUAUGACUUUGAUAUCAGACGGUCCAGAUCUACUGCGGCUUUGUGCUUCAGAAUUGGAAUCUUUGCUUAUCUAUAGCUCACAUUUUCUGUCGGUGAAUGCCA